UGGCCACACACAGGCCAGACGAGACGCGACGAUCCCUCUUCUCCUCUCUUUUGACCCGCCACCGGCCACCCAGCUCCCACCCUCUCCACUGUCGCCGCUCCUCUCCUUGUCUCCCUCGGCCCCUCCCCGUCCACCUCCUCCCGCCUGGAAGGCCCGCCUCCCCCUCCCCCGUCGAUGCGGCGGCACCUAUGAUCCGCCCCCGCUGCCCCCCGCCGCGGGCCUCCUGAUCCGCGCCCCGGCCCGAGGAAGCGGACCCCGGCCGAGAUUCCGACGCUCCACGCCUCCAGCCCCCCGCGCGGCGCCUCGAUUCCGUCGGCACCCCCCGCUGUCCGCGCAUCCGGUUGGAGGCGGCGCUUCCCGUCCCUGGAGAGAUGUCCGCCGUCCAGGAGCAGUUCGAGAUCAAGUUCCGGCUGCCCGACGGCACCGACAUCGGGCCCAGGCGCUUCCCGCCGGCGUCCACCGUCGCCACGCUCAAGGAGACCAUCAUCGCCCAGUGGCCCAAAGAUAAGGAAAAAGGUCCGAGGACUGUGAACGAUCUUAAGCUUAUUAAUGCUGGGAAGAUAUUGGAGAACAACAAAACCCUGUCAGAAUGCAAAAGCCCGAUCUGUGACUUCUCUGGGAUGACAACAAUGCAUGUCGUUGUCCGUGCACCGACUUCAGGCAAACAGUCUGAUAAAAGAGCAGCAAAGAAAGCGAAAGAUUUCAGGUGCGGUUGUGCCAUCAUGUGACAACAUUGUGAAUAGUAGCAAAAGAUGUGGCUAUUUCAGUUCCUCCCCCCUUUGUUCCUUACCCCUUUUUCCCGCUCUCGCUAGAGUGUUGUAUUAUGUUCGAGGCGCUUCUCUUUUAUUUCCCUUUCAUGUAUCGCGGGCAAGCUGCUGCUGCUGCUGCUGCAGUUAAUCACCCUUUAAUCAUGAGUUGCGUCAAGUACAAAAUUUGAAGAAUGCUGGCUGGUAACUGCCCUUGAUCUUGAGUUAUGACGAGCACACAGUUUGAAGGCAGCCAUUAGUGUCUAAUUUACAAGAUCCAUCUUAUGCAAUUUUGCAUGGUUUCACAUUCUCUUCUCUAUAUUGCACCCCGGUGACUUGUGUUUAAUGUAUGCCUGACAUGCUAGAUGAACUUCAUGGAAUGGCAUUGAAUUCAUCAGUUAUCCAA